CGUUGAAUUAAUACACAUUUUCAAUAGUGUUCCUCUUUCCAAUAUUCAUAAGGUAUUCAGCGAUAAGCGGUUAAGGUUAUAACCUUACCGCGCUUAAUCCCGCCCGUUCCAAUUCGCGCUUACACGUCCCUGGUGCAGCCUGAAGCUCUCUACAAUAAACAGCUCCUCCAUUACAUACAUCUACAUCAAACCCAAGCUUCCCAACUACAACUACGAAAUCCUCACAUCGAACAAUUCAUUUCGAGUCAAUACCACAUAAACCUUUCUUUAAGUUACAGACAAGAAAUUAAUUCAUCAUGGUAAGUUCCAUCAUCUCCAUCUCAACUCACCUUGAUCCUCAUUCAUCUCCAUCUCCAUCUAUCCCUCCUCCCCUCUCCCUCUCCUCUCCCUCUCCUCUCCUCUCCCUCCUCUCCCUCCUCUCCCUUCCUCCUCUUCCUCCACCGCCCGCACCCCCGCUCACGACACCCUCCGCCACGGCGUCGGCCCGACCCAAACCUCCUCCCUAAACAGCCAACCCGACUCUUCACACCCGCUGGAAACCCGUCUCAAAAAAUGGGAAGCAACACAAGAAUCCCUCAAAAUGGCCGGACUACGUCGAACAUUCGGUAUGAGUGAGCCUAUCCGUAGAGGAAUGGAAUUGAAGAUUACGCGCGAGGGAGAAUGGAGACCGCUUGCUCUUGGGGACCAGGUGUUCAUGAGGAGAUUUUGAGGGGGAAUGAUGCGACGAUUUCGUGGGAGGAUGUUUUUAGGGGGGAUGAGAUGAGGAGUUUACCUGGUUUUCAUGAGGAGGUUGAGAGGAAGGUUAAGAUGGGUUUUUAGAUGCCGGGGGUUUAGGUCAUUUUGUUUGCUGAGUUUCAUCGUGUGGAAUGGAUGAAAUGAGAUUAAAUGCGAUGAUCUGCUUUGAUCUGGUCUGGUCUGAAAUGAUACAACGAGUCAAGAUUGAUGGAGCAUGUUCAUACUGCAAAGACGAUGUGAACGAAUAGCAGAUUAGCACUUGGUUGGGGCAUAAGAAAGAAUAGACAGCUUGCCUUCUUUGCUAACUUGCUCGUACACAAUCUGUCAUACAAUCAUAAAAAUACCAAGUCUAGCAAUGAGAUUACGUCAAGAAAGACCU